CCUCCAAGUGUAAUCAUCCUCACCUUAGACCUCCAUCGCUUUCCUUUACCUUUGGGUAGCCUUCUCCUCUUUUCUUCCCAUCUCCCGAGAUACAUAUAAUUACGGCUUCUACUUUGCUUCAGCUACAACUCGAUGCAACCCCGUAGAGUCACAUUCACCGCACACCGACGCUCCAUUCUCGCCGGCUCAAGCACCUAACCCCUCCGCGGCGCAUCUUUUAUAGCUCCCCGGAAACAAUCCAUCCUAUCACGGCUUUGGGGGAGAUGUCGACGCAUAUCUCGUCCUAGAGCGGCAUCCAUCCAUUCUAUGUACAUAUCGGUACUCUACACCAACUACCUUAGUCGCCCUCCUCUUGGUUAUCUUUCUUCUUCCUCUUCCUUCUUAUCCUUUCAUUUCCACAUCUUUCUCCUCAUAACCCGUGCCUCCAUCUGUAACCACUAAUUACACCGUCGACAACCUCCACGACUCUAUACACACAGCACUCUUCGAAGCUGUUGUGGUCAUGUGCUGCUAGUCUCGUUCUGUAACACCAUCAAUAUGGCAAUCCUCAAUCCUGUGUACGCCUUCGUCGUGCCCUUCCUGUUUGUUGUCACGGUUCCGCUCGCUGUCUUCGCUGGUAUCACAACUACUAUCGCUUUCUCUGUUCUCAUCCUCCGAGUUCUGGCUGUGUAUCUCGACGUUGCUCUCUCUUUCGUUCCUCAUUAUUUGGGUGGACGUAAGACUCGCCCUUACCAUCCAAAUACUUAUCAUCCUCACCAUCAAGUUCUCGAACCGGCACCUGCGGCACUCUAUACCAAUCCUGUACCUGCUUCUGCUGGUUCAGCAGCAUUUGAGUCCUCUUUGCGACGUCGCCGACAUAGAAGAAGCUCCAGUGCUCUAUCCACGGCAGGCACUACCACUCCAAUCAGCGAAAAGGGACUCGGCUUGCUGCCAAGCAUUGGUCCAGAGCGAGACUUCGAAGGUAUUGGUGGCUGGCGUCUGGGCGGUGACGAUGAAACAUGGACUACCAUAAACUCACGACUUGAACUUCCUGACAAGCAACACCAUGGGCGAAAUCAUCAUCGUUCCCCAUCUGGUGGCCCUACGACACCUGGAGAAGGCGGGUAUCUUAUGAUGAAGGCUCGCAACCGAAGCCCCGGAGCAAAACGCUUAGCAUCUCCUAAUAGCUCUCGUACAAGAACACCUUCUGGCCCACGGAUCGCUUUUGCAAACAAGUCAUUCCUUGACAGUUACUUUCCAAGUCUCAAAACUUCUCCAAAAGGACCAAAAAAACUCCCGACUCAGGGUGUCGUGGAUGCGUAAGACCGACUCGGACUUGUUGCGCUAUCGUGUAAACUAUUCUAAUGAUCUAAUGAAAAUUUGUGGUUAAGGUGGGAAAUGGCAUGAGGGCCAAAAGUGUCACAAUUAAAUGUUAAUAUGGGGGUUUCCAUUGGCGUUUGAGCGAGAAUUUGUCAAUUAUCUGGAUUUAUGAUGAUGCACAAAUAAGAUAUCAGUGAUGUUUCGAAAGAAAACGGCAAAGGCGAAUUUCAAUCUGCCAUUACUCGUUUAUUGAAAUGAUACAAUGGUAGCAAUGUACUAUUCCUG